AUGCGUGUCUCAUCUUUUACCGUCGCCUUUUUUAUGGCUGAUGUGGUUGUCGAGGCUGGAGUUUGCAAGCCAGCACGCAAUGUAGAAUCCUCCACAGCACUUCCUGCUACCUCUACUGAGCUCCUUUCUACCGUCACCAUCGAGGAGACCUCAAUUGCUACGACAGCCACGGAAGCUGAUGUCACCACCGCUGGAGAGGCUUCUACAACUACGAUCGAGGAAGCUUCUACCAUUACUGAGGAAGCCUCUACAACCACCACUGAGGCAGGGUCAUCUGCGACACCUGGAUCAAUCGUAAGCACUGGGCCAGUCGCCGGCCAGACUAUGAAAGGAGACGGCUCGCGAUUCGUACCCCUUUCCUUCGCAUCAUCCGACUCGACCCAAACCUUGGUCUUCAGUCUUCUCUCCAACGGCCAGCUUUCCACAGGUGGCAACAACAACUACUUAUGUAUGAGCUAUAGGGAUGUGGGUGUUCUUGGCCCACUUGUUCUAUGCCCAUUCGACAAUUUCACAAAUGCUCCACUCAAGUGCUCGCGGGCUUCCAGUGGUACUCUCUCUUGCACUGCGCCAAAUGGAUCUUGCACCACCGCAGGGACUUGCCAAAGACCCAACAAUGCCGCGCUAUUCUUUCAGUUCUAUGUCGAUAAUAUAGGGACAGGCUAUUUUGGCCCUGCUGGCGACUUCGCUGGCUUUACGGCUCUCGACUUAACUCUUACCGAGUAA